AUGGCGAUAGACCGACGCCGUGAGGCGGGCGGCGGGGGCCGGCCGCUGCCCGAGGAGAACGGCUCGGUGCCGGGGGCCGUGGGGGGGGGCGCCGCUGCCCCCCCGGGGCCUCCCCCCGCCAACGCCGCCGGGGCCGAGAUCCAGGCGCUGCCGGUGCCGCCGCCCGCCGCCGCCUGCAGCCCGCUGCUCCUCGACUACGACGGCUCGGUGCUACCCUUCCUUGGGGGGCUGGGCGGCCGGUACCAGCGGACCCUGGUGCUGCUCACUUGGGUCCCGGCGCUCGUCAUCGGCUUCAGCAAGUUCUCGGACUCCUUCCUCCUGGACCAGCCCGACUUCUGGUGCCGGGAGGCGGACGGGCAGGGCAACUGGAGCGGGACCCUGGCGCCGAUCCACGCCAACCACAGCGGCAACGGGAGCAUCUUCCCCCCGCCCGGGCUGCCCACCCCCGCGGGGGGCAACGCCAGCGAGUGCGGCUGCCGCGAGUGGCACUACCGCAUCAGAGCCGGCCUCGUCCAAAACGUCGUGAGCAAGUGGGAUCUUGUUUGUGAUUCUGCCUGGAAAGUCCACAUUGCUAAGUUCUCCCUGCUUGUAGGGUUAAUCUUCGGCCACCUGAUAACAGGAUGUAUAGCCGACUGGGUUGGUCGACGGCCUGUACUGCUCUUCUCUGUCAUAUUCAUUUUGAUAUUUGGACUGACUGUGGCACUCUCAGUGAAUGUGACCAUGUUCAGCACACUCAGGUUUUUCGAGGGAUUUUGCCUGGCUGGAAUAGUCCUGUCCCUGUACGCACUGCGUGAGUAUUCCUUCAUUGCCCAUACAAAUGGAUUUUUAUCAAGUAUGUGGUUUGCUGUUCUCUGGCUUCCUGCUUUUGUUCAAACAGAUCAAGCCAGAAUUAUAUCGAUUGCAAAAGUUUUAACCCAAAUUUUGCUAAGGAGGUUUUUGCAGCUGUCUCUUUAGGUUACUACAAAGCAGUCUAUGAAGCUGUUUCAGAGUUCAUUUUAAAAGUUAUAAGGUGGUUUGGGCUUGUCUGUUGUUUUUUAAACCUAGAAGUUACCUGGGUCAUAGCCAUAAUGUGUAAUGGGAGUAGAUUUCACCCUGCAAUAUUGAGCUCAGUGGGAGACUGACCACUUUGGCUGCCUCUAGCAGUUUGUACUCUGGCACUUUUUCAGAACUUCCUCUAUAACUUGCAGAAAUAUCCUGUGUCCCUGCCUCAGGAUUGGAAAGUUACAGCAAAAGUGUGUUAGAAGAUUGUGAAGUCCUUUUAUCAACUCCUUUUUAUUUUUUAGUUGUGUAAUUUUGGGGUUUUUGUUUGGGUGGUGUUGUUGUUGUUUUUGUCAGCUUCAUGAGGGGGGGAAAAAAAUCUCUGAGAGAAACUUGAGGGAAAGCUUGUAAGAAACAUCUACAUUCUCCCAUCUGGGGUGACUAGUGGACAGAGCACCUGAAAACCCCCUCUGAGGCCUUGCCUUUGGUGUAGAUGCCACCAGCCUAAUUUCUGUCCCUUGGAUAUGCUCCAGGGAGCAUCUUCUGCUUCCUUGGCUGUUUGUAAUUAACAGGUAGCACCACACCAACCAAAGAAAACACAAAAUGUUCUCCUCUUUAUUAUGGCUCUAGAAAAGUAUUAUCUAAUUAUAUCCUGGAAGUUGCUGUACAUCUUCAUAAAAUUUUAUUUACUUCCUAUUGUGGAUGGUAUCUAACCCAUCAUGAUUUAGCACAGUACCCUUACUUGCACAGAGUAUUUUGUAGCAUUAAGUUUCAUAGUUUUUUGUUUUAUUUUUGGUCUGUGCCAUGGGGAGUGAGGCCUGACUGCAACAGACAAGUUUGCUCUGUAUUGCACUUUGUUGUUAUACCUGACAUGGUACCCAAGAUACAUUCUUUUUUAAUCUCUUGCCUUUGCUCGUGUUAUCCCUAGUGAGAAUCUUAUUCCAAAAAAUGAAACUACCACUGAAGACAUUACACUUUUAUUGGGAAGUAAUUUAACCUGUGUGGCUUCCAUGGAAGGGAUCUUCAGCGAUUACCAGUGUGAUGUUCAGCUGGACAAUAGGCUUGUCAGGAUUUUUCACAGCCCAGUUGCAGCAUGUUAGUUUUUCUUACUAGAUGAGGGGUUUUAUCUAACUUUUAAGAGAUGGCAGCUGAUGAUUUUCAUGGGGAAAUACCAAUUAAGUAGAAGUUUCAUUCUGGACAUUUUUAUGAUUGGAGUGAAAGAGUGUAUGUGUUGCUUUAGACCAGACAAUAGCUUGUCAGCCCAGGCUUUCAUUCAGAAAAUGGCACAUUCUGGUUGCUUCAUGCACUACUUGCUGCAGAGCAAUGAUAUGAGUCUGCUAUUUUAUCCCCACCCUCUCUAAAAUUCAGGUGUUUCCUAUAACCACUACUGUCUGGAUAGAUGAUGCCUAAACAGAGAUAGUAGGUGUUAGGAGAGAUCCAUGUGAAAUUAGCUACACACUGAACAUCAGCACACUUCUGGUGUGGAUGAUGAGAAAAUGGAGACUGGAGAUGAGAAAAUGUGAAAGAAGCAGCACCUGUGCCUCUGAUAAAUCUUCUGACCUUCUGUCUCAAGAGAUGAGGGGAGUGAGUUUUUACUGUAUUAAAUAAUUUAAACAAAAAAGAAGUUGUCGCCUUGGAAUAGAGUACUUGGAGAGAAGUAAUCCCUAGUCUCAAGGGAAUGGGAGUUGUAGGAUUUUCUGUUUGGUGGUGGUUUUGAUUUUAGUCCUCAUGUAAUCUGUUAGGCUUCCUUUCAGUCUUUACUUACUAUCUUUU